UGAAAUUUUACGACAACCAUUAAACUUGCAAUAUCCACCACUGUAAUUUGACUCAGCACAAGAUUUUCCAUUUGUUUCACUUUUAGACCCGUGAACAGCAAACAACUAAGUAAAUAGCAGGAUACAAAAGAAUUCAGAAUGAUAGAUGUAACAGUGAAGACACUGGACUCUCAAAAUAAGAGUUUCAGUGUUGAAGAAGAGAUGACUGUCCGCCAGUUUAAAGAGAAAAUAGCUGAUUCCAUCAAUAUUUCUGCUGACACACAAAGGCUGAUUUUUCAAGGAAGAGUAAUGCAGGAUGAAAAGCUUCUCAAAGAUUAUAAUGUUCAUGGAAAAGUCAUACAUGUGGUCCACAGACUUCCUCCCACUGCCCGUCCCCCAAGCUCCACCCCAGGAGGUGCCACACCUACAACACGCCCCUCUGCUCCACGGGAUGUAAACAGUUUUGUCAUUGGAUCUGUCUCUGUGCCCUCAGAUUCAGUUGAUGCUGAUGAAAUCCAGAAUAUAGUACAGGAUGCUAUAAGUGGCAUGGGAGAGAUGGGAAGAAAUGCAAGAGUAUCAACACGCACUUCUAAUGAUGGGUCAUCUGUAGAUGUACACAUACACCUGGGUCAAGGACAAGUGGAAAGUGAAUCACAACAGAGGAUAAAUCAGGCCAGACAGAUGUUGAGAGUGGCUCGUGAAAACCUGCAAUUACUAGAGAAUCGACAGAGAGGAAACGAAGAAUCUUCAUCACCAAUGGAAAGUAGCAGUGCGUCACCCCCACAAAGUAACACUUCUCAACAGGCACGGGAGGAAAACAGUGAUGUUGCCAUGGAAAGUGAUGAGUCACAGACUCCCAGCCAAUCACAGUCUCAGGCAGAAGAGACCUCUAGCCAAUCACAAGAGCCAAGCCAGAGUAAUAGCCAAUCACAAGAACCAGGCCAGAACAAUAGCCAAUCACAACAGCCUAGUCAAGGGGCAGCUGGCACAUCUCAGAAUGGAACUUCACAAGAGCAACCAAGGAUGGUACGUCCACGCAUAUCUGCCUUGGGAGAAGUACUGAAUGAGGUUCAUGAAAUAAAUCGCAGGUUUCAGCCUUUUCUUGAAAGAUAUCAACAACUUCUUUUGGAUGAUCCAGAACUGUCUGCACAGGAACUACAAGAGAACACACAGCUCUGUAAUUUGGUGGGAGAAAUAAGUCAUGCAAUAGGUCAUUGUUACCACAACUUGAGUGACUUAAUGAUAGAUCUGAAUCAGCCACGUCCAAGACACCUGUAUGCAGCAUUUGUCUCCCCUCCCGUACAGACAACACUAAUACACCAACAAACUAUACCAGUUCACAUCAAUGCUUCACCUCGACCAAGAAGGCCAAAUCAACCUAUGCCGACGACUACAUCAACUUCUACAUCCACCCCCACUCCUCCUACAAACACUUCUGGAUCACAGACAGAGAGAACAAGUACCCAGUCUGCUGGUACCAGCACUGGACCUACUUUCUCGUCAGGAGCCACAGGAAUUCCACCCGAGGGCUCGGAGCCUCUGUUCCAGAUGUUUGACAUGGGUCCAGAUUCGGUGACAGAAAUUUCGGCUCAUGUUAUUCCUACAGAGAGAGAUAUGCCACCAGGAUCUGUACAUGUAUCUACUGCCCCCUCUACCAAUGGCAACAUCCCAGCCAUCCCUCCAGAUCUGAUACAGAACAUAGUAUCCUCUGUAGUCAUGGGACACAUAGACCCAUCUGGCAGAAUUCAAGCAAAUGUUCCAGGAGGAAGUAGGACCUUUGCUGAAGGUACCAUGCCUACCCUUUCUUCAACUACCCCUAGCAAUACAACAACAAUCAAUUCAAGUUCUACCCAAACUGGCACAGGGCCAACAAACUCUACAGAGACACAGACUGCAGCCACUGUUUCAAACACCUCUGGCACCCAGACUCGUCCUCGUGCUGCAGCGUUUAUGAUGCCAGGCUUACCUGGUGGAAUUCCCCCGGGACUCCAUGGUAUGUCUGGUAUGCCUGGGAUGGGAGGAAUGCGGGGUGUAGACCCAUACUUACCUUGUUCAUCAAGACAUUUCCUGAGACAACAAGUGAGAAAUGCUGCCAGCCAAGGAGCGCAAGUAGAGAUAAGCAUGCCAAAUAUGCCAAACUUAAUGGCAAAUGUCAUGGGUCAGUUACACACCCAGCAAAGUGGGCCCAGAGCCACGGGGCCAGCCGGUGCCUCACGAACCACCAAUACAGCAUCUGCCAUGGGGUCAACACCAACAGUCCGCCCUACUGCCUCUACAACAACCAACCCAACAUCCACUUCAAGUUCAACAACAGGCCCAAUUCCAAACUUUCAGUUUGCAUCAUUUCCGGGCGGGCCCGGAAUUCCUGCGGGUGUCUCCAUACAGAUGGGAAGUAUUCCUGGAAUGCCACUUCCAGGAAUGUUUGGUCCAGGACAGAUAGGGAAUUUAAUUGGAAAUUUGAUGGGAGGAGCACAAGGAAGGUUCAGACCCGGUGGCCCUGUCAACCCCCCUACAGCAGGAACCACCCCUCCCCAGGGUAACAGACUCAGACCUGCAUCACAGCCCCCAGGUAACACAGGGACCCCAGCAGGUGGUCAGCCAACCGACGGACAGCAGGGGGAACCCAUGUUUGUACAGAUGCUGAGAACCAUGUUGUCAGGAGCUCAGCAGCAAUCUGGAUCCACAUCCACCCCCAAUACCACAGCAUCCACCCCUGCUGGAUCAUCCACCACCACCACAAGUAGCAGUACUUCCUCCUCCUCCACAUCCUCCAGCACUGAGCCAGUCAUGACUGAUGAUGUGUUCGCAUCUUUGGUUCAGGGAAUUAGUGGAAUCGUGACUAGAACAGCUCUUGGACAGGGUCCUCCAGAGACCAUUGCCAACUUCUUGUCAGGCCUAGGGGAGAGUCAUCAAAUUGUUCCCGGGGAGGGUUUCAUUCAUGAUGUUUUCAAUGUGGCGGCCAACCACUUGACCUUUCCGAACUUGAUCCAAGUGUUUUAUGGGUCAGGACAGCCUCUGGAUCAGCUAAGGAGGCCCUUACAACAGUUCUUGAGGGACGGAAUAUUGAAUGGGCGAGAGGCCAGUGCUGAGAACAUUGUACAGGCUGUCGACACACUGGUUAAUGACAUGCAAGAGGAACUCACAGAAACUGCUAGUGUCUCAGAAGUGAAGCCUCACAUUGAUUUAGUGGAGACCUGGAAUAACUUUUUCCGUGCUCAGUUGAUAAGCAUCAUAACCUUUAUUAUGAGAGCAGAGUCGGAUGGAGGUUUUGGCCAGGAGUUGUACAACAGGAUAAGAGUGGCCCUGUCUCUGCUGAUUGUCCUGACCCGACACUGUCUUGUUGGAGGCAUGUCUGGUCUCCAGUCUCUCAUACAUAAUCGAUUGCAAUACAUCACUCGUGGGGUCAAUCCCAUGAUUCAGCAGUGGAUGAUCAGCGUGACGACACAACAGCUUGAUCAGUUCUUGCCCACCAUCACAGUGACAGAAGCUGAGAUGACUACAUACCUAGUCCUGAAAAAAGACAAGAAAGACAAGAAAAAACCAGAGGUGGCCCCAAAACCAUCUCCCAUGGACACCACUUCUCCAGGUGCCUCACAGCCAGAGGAGAGGGAGAUGAAGCAGAUGGAGGUAGAAUCCUCAAAAGCAGCAGAGGCAGCAGCCCAGCCUAGCACUAGCAGAAUGGUAAAUGGAAACAACUCCAAUGGCUUAAAGCCAGAUACUGCUCUCAAACCAGAACCCGCAGGGGCGGCUGUUGGUGCCGAGGGCUGGGAGAAGGAAAUCCCCGAGGAGUGGGUUCCAGUUAUUAAUGGAGAUGUUCAAAAGCAGAAACAACAGCGACACCAGCCUCCCUUCAGUGACGCCUACCUAGAUGGAAUGCCUCCAAAACGAAGACGACUGAUGACACAAGACAGACCUGGAGAUCUUGCCAAUACAUCACUGUCCCUGACAGAUCAGCUGAGUCGAGCAGUGAGGGCGGCGGGGGUGGAGCCCAUCAGCAGUAUGGAGAACCUGAGGGCAGAAGCCAGCACCAACACCGAGCUCCAGUCAGCGUAUGAACAACAGGUCAACAAUACCAUUGCCCACAGAGUGGCUCAUGAUAAAGACUAUAAGAAAGACAGAUUCCCCAAUACACAAGCCUUUGUUGAUGAAGAUGAAAAUAAGUAGUGGCGUUUGUUAUGCAAAAUACCAUUUUAGCAAGACAGAUAAUUUUAUCAGUUGAGAAGUUUGUGGCAAAAAAUUCUAUUUCGGCUGGACAAUUUUUUUUUUAUAUAUGGCGAAAUAUAUCAGUAUUUCAUCUUUAAAUCUGUCUUCAAUGACAAGACACUGUUGGUUAAACAGAUGUACAAAUGUGUUUGUGUGUUGGCAGCUUGAAUAUAGACAAUAUUGCUGACCUAAGAUUCUGCUCUUUUUAAUUAAAAUAAUUUUUUGUCAUUCAAAAUGACAACUAUGUUAUUUACUUGUUGUUUUGUAAUGUACAUGUGACAUUUUUAAAUUUUGUAAUGUGUAAGCUUGAAAUGUUUAAAUUCAUGAAAUACACAGACUGUGAAAUGCAUUUUAUUUAUUUUAAGAAACAUUGUAAUUGUAAUACAAUGUAACAUAAAAACUUGAACACUUCAUAAUUUGUGUUGUUGUAAAUGUAUCAAAUACAUGUAGAUAUAACAAGAAACAUGUUUGUGGAAAAUUCUUUUGUGACGUGAUGCAUUUCAUUGUACAACAGUCCUUACAGUAAAUGUAUACAAUGCACCAUGUCUGUACAAUCUUAUAAAAAUAAAAUAAGGUUUGAUAAGUU